AGCGGCAUGCCCGCUGGUGCCUAGAACUUCAACGGGUGCUGUCGUUCCAAAGGCUGGCCCAGGAGAGAGAUGCCAGUUUUGGAAGCAAUGGGAACUUGUGGGCUGGCUUCUAAAAAGACUGAUACUUUAGGUGGGGAGGGAAAUAGGGAAACGGAAACUUCUUGGAAAGGAAGCAGUGAGCAAGAUAACGGUGCCUUGCACUUUACUGGCUACAGUGCCCCUGGUGACGAAACUGGCUCUUGUCACUGUCUGGGAGAGACCUCUGAUCCUUCUGGAACUUAUUCAGAGAAGGGGAAUCAUUUAUGUGGCAUUACUUGCCAGCAAUGGGCUUCAGGCUCCAAGGAGAAGGAUGCAUCAAAGUUACUGCAAGGAGAGGAGGAAGAUGUCAACGAUGAUGUGGCAUCAAAGGCCAAGGAGGAAUUUCCUGACUGUACUCGGGCUCCUGGUGGAAGGAAGAUUGCUCGGCAGCAACGGCACCGUUCUGUGGCAAAAGACAAGGGAGAAGGGCGAUUUGCACUAUCUGGAGGGAAACAGAGGCAAAGUAGGAAGAGGAUUGAUGGUGGGAGAUACCGUGUCCGAGCUGAGCUGCUCAAGCACCUGGAAGGGGUGGCCUCUUUCUGCAUUUUGUGCUUCAAAUUAUUCAUCCACCUGAUUGUGCAGGUCACCCACAGAUGUGGUGAGGGUGUGGAAGCUGGUGGGAAGUUCCUCUACUCUUGUUGUUCCUUCAGCCAACAUGACGUAGACACCAUCCAGACUGGCAUGCAGGCUUGGAUCCAGCAUGCUAAGCUGGGCUAUAGGAAACUAAUGCGACAGCUAGGCUCAUGGGCAAGCCUGACUUAUCACCUGCUCAAGAUGCUCUGUGCUGUACUUUUUCUGGUGCUCAUGCUUAUCUUGGGUAGCCUGAGACUCUGCUGGCAGGUCUCAAAGUCAGCCCUGCUUAGUGUCUUGGGUAGAUUGGCCCACACCAACCGUGGGGCCUGGCUUCUCUCAGCUCUUGACUUGCCUAAAGUUUGGGCUUUCUUCAAACAGAGCAGGACUUACAUGUGGGUGGCAAAUCUGUUGCAUAAGUGGUAUGACCACCUUUGGAUGCCCAAAGGACUAAGGACCAACCAGCCAGGCGACGCUACUUUCAGUGUGUCUCCUGGUGAAUCUGGGCAGUAUCAACCUGGAGAAGCAGUGGCGCGUUUGCUGGCUAUGGCACAUACCCCUGAAGAAGAACUCAAUCCUUUCCAGGUGUUAGGUUUGGAAGCAACAGCAUCGGAUGCUGAGUUGAAGAGAGCUUAUCGGCAAUUGGCUGUACUGGUUCAUCCGGACAAGAAUAAACAUCCACAGGCAGAGGAGGCAUUCAAGGUAUUACGGGCAGCCUGGGAUAUCGUCAGCAAUCCUGAGAGGAGGAAGGAGUAUGAAAUUAAACGCAUGGCGGAAACUGAGCUGACCAAAUCAAUGAAUGAGUUCCUUUCCAAACUGCAGGAUGACCUGAAAGAAGCCAUGAACACGAUGAUGUGUAACAAGUGCCAGGGGAAGCACAAGAGGUUUGAGAUGGACCGUGAUCCGCUGAAUGCCCGCUACUGUGCAGACUGUAGCAAGCUUCAUGCAGCAGAGGAGGGUGACUUCUGGGCUGAAUCUAGCAUGUUAGGGCUGAAGAUCACAUAUUUUGCAAUGAUGGAUGGAAAGGUUUAUGACAUCACAGAAUGGGCUGGCUGCCAGCGAGUGACCAUCUCCCCAGAUACUCAUCGGGUUCCAUAUCACAUAUCUUUUGGAUCAAGGGGCUCUGGAGGACGCCAGAGAGCUGCAUCAGAGGGCAAUCCUGCUUCAGCAGCAGAACUGCAGGACUUUUUCAACCGCAUCUUUCAAGGAAAUCCCGGACAGAUGCCGAAUGGGAAUCUUUUCAGCUCAUCCCAACCACCAUCCUCAGGGGGUGUGCCAACUCCUCCGUCAAAGGUAGACAAUGCUUCCCAGAAAGGAGAUUCAAGGCAAAAGCGACGGAAAAAAGUGCGACGCCCCUUUCAGCGCUGAAAGCAUGACUGAGUGAAAUCUCCCAGGCCUGCAAAGAUGCUGGGCCUUUCAUCAGGUAGCAAAAGGGCUGUUUCAAAAGGGGAAAAAUGUGUUUUUGUUAGUGUCAAAAAUCCAGAUGAUUCAGGACCCUCUGGAAUAAUCAGUAACUUCCAGCUGGAAAAAGACACUUUCUUCUCCACUGCAAAUGUCGACACAGAUCCCGUGAAACCAAAGAACUCCAGUGGAUGGCUUCUAGGAGGCGGCAUCAUGAAGGUGUAGGAUGGCCAGAUGCAGAUCAGUAG